UUUGUAUUAAUGACGCAUUUCCGGCCUCUCGGGUAGGCACCCAGAGAAUAUUCUCGAAAGUCAUUUGGCGUUUGAGCAUUUAAAAGCAUCACAUUACUGAAAGAAUAGCGCAACAAAAGGAUUUUGGAUUAAUAAAUUGAUAAUAACAGUCCGGAACGCAUACUGCUUGAUUGGCGACUUUUAUUUUGAUACCAAUUAGUGAACAGGAAGUGGUCACAGCAACAGUGCUUUUGUUAUUAUUGCCAUUGCUGCUGCUUACAAGUUAAAUUGUUACAACGAGAAAGAGUCGUCAGAAUGGCAGAGUACAGUAAUGUGCAGAAGGGCACGUUAAAGUUGAAAGGAGCCGGUGACCUAUCAUUAGGAAAGAAGAAAAAGAAUAAAAAAAAGGAAAGCAAGAAGCACCUGGAGCAGAUUAUGACCAACCCUAACAAAGAAGAGGAAACAAAGAAAACCUACAUGAGUAAAAGGACUCCGGCACAGAUCGCAUAUGAUAAGAUGCAGGAGAAGCGGCAAAUGGAGAGAAUAUUGAACAAAGCAUCUAAAACUCACAAAAGAAGAGUUGAGGAGUUCAACAGACAUCUGGAUACGCUUACCGAACACUACGACAUCCCAAAAGUCAGCUGGACCAAAUAAGGACAAAGUGGACUCUCCGUUAUCUUGUAUUUUGUUUGGUUUUUCUUUUUUAGUGGACUAUGCAAGUUCUAACAUGGCUAGGAGUUCAAAAGUGCAGAAUCGUUUUUAUUUUGUUGGUCUUGUCAUUUUCAUUUGCAAAGCCAUAUUUGAACUUGAGUUGACAUUUUAUUGGAAUGCCAUUUUCAGCAGAUUUCUUUGUGAUGGAUUUGUAUCACCAGAGAAAAAACAUUUUUCAAAAAUAAAAAUUAAAACACAA